AUCAGUGCUGAUGCUGAAACGCCAGAAGCGGAAAUGGCGGUUGGCUCUGACAGCUAUAUACUGUACCAGGGCUCUUGCUUCACUGUAUAAGGAAGUAGUACACGACAAAAAUGCCCCAUUACUGCGUUCCCGCUCUUACAAAGCCAUUGACAUGGAACCCAACAAAGAAGAAGACGAGAAGAAAUUGCUUGCUAUUGAUCAGAAAAUGCUUGCUAAUACUAUUGAUAUUGUGAAGGAAAACAACCCUGACCAUUUCAUGAGUCAACUUGGACGUUUUAAAGAAUUGGCUGCAGCAAAAGGGUUUCUGAGUUUUGUCUUUGAAGCAUUCAAGGAUGCCGCAAUAUUGAUAUUUCUGUUAAGCGCACUACUCACUCUAUUGUUUGGUAUCAAAUUGCAUGGCUUGAAAGAUGGGUGGUACGACGGUGGCGGUAUCAUUUUCGCUGUCCUUUUUGUUGUUAUCGUCUCUGCUGUUUCCAACUUUAAGCUUUCCCCAAGGGCAAGCCUCCCUGGUUUCGAUGAGAAUCUGACAACUGUACAAACACGCCUGAACAAGCUGACUUCUUGUAUUGGGAAGGUUGGUUUGGCAGUGGAUCUACUUGUUCUAGCGGUUUAUGUGAUUCAUUAUUUCACAGGAAACAGCAGGGACAAGUACGGCGACGUGAUGAAUAAUGUUGUGGCUAUUGUAGCUGCGGUGAUCACAACUGUUGUGGUAGCAGUUCCUGAAGGUUUGCCUCUGGCUUCUACUUUGACUACCCUAGCUAAUUAUUCAAUGCAUAAAACCAUGAUGAAUGAUAAUGUUUUGGUGCGGAAACUAUCUGCUUGUGAGACAAUGGGGUUAGCCACCACAAUCUGCACAGACAGACGAGGCACUCUUACUUUGAAUGAGAUGAAGGUUAUUGAGUACUGGCUAGGUAAUGAAGCAAUCACACAAGAGACAAAUCUCUCAGAGAUAGCACCGACCAUUCUCCAAUUGCUCCAACAAGCUGUUGGUUUAAGCACAACGGGCAGUCCAACUGAUCAGAAAGCAAUUCUUUCUUGGGCCGUGUUUGAUUUGGGUAUGAACAAUAUGGAUGAAUUGAAACAAGGCUGCAUGAUAAUCCAGGAAGAAACCUUGGAUUCACAUAAAAAUAGGAGCGGUGUUUUGAUGAGGAGAAACAGCGAAAAGGCUAUUCAAACCCACUGGAAUGGAGAUGCUGAGACAAUACUCUCCAUGUGCUCAAAUUAUUAUGAUAAAACUGGGACAGCAAAAGCCAUAAAUGAUGAAGAAAGAAUGCAUUUUGGGUCAAUUGUUCAGAAGAUGCUAGCUAAAGGCAUGCGGUGCAUUGCAUUUGCCCACAAAAAACUUCAACAAGAGAAUGGCCAGGAGGAGGAUGUUCCUCAUGAGAAGCUUGAAGAAGGUGGACUAACUUUGUUAGGUCUUGUGGGUUUAAAGCAUUUAUGCAGGCCAGGGGUCACAACAGAAGUAGAUGCUUGCGGAGCUGCUGGAGUGGUCGUUAAGAUGAUAACCGGUGAUGAUGUGGACACAGCAAGAGCUAUAGCUGCUGAUUGUGGGAUACUUGAUGAUCAGGAUUUGGAUCAGAAUGGUGACGCCGUAGUAGAAGGGGAACAAUUCAGAAGUUACUCAACCGAAGAGAGGAUGGAAAAGGUUGAUAAGAUUCACGUAAUUGCAAGAUCGACACCAUUUGACAAGCUUCUGAUGGUGCAAUGCCUCAAGGAAAAAGGUCACGUUGUUGUGGUCACAGGAGAUGGCACCAAUGAUGAUGCACUGGCCCUAAAGGAAGCAGAUGUUGGGAUUUCAAUGGGGGUCCAACUUAGCAAUGAAGUUGAGAAGGUGAGCUCAGAUAUUGUCAUCUUAGAUGGUACCUUCACCUCUGUGGUGGAAGUUAUGAGAUGGGGAAGGUGUGUGCAUGCCAACAUUCAAAAAUUCCUUCAGUUCCAGCUCACAAUCAGUGCCGCUGCGCUUGUUGUCAACUUUAUUGCUGCUGUUUUUUCUGGUAAAGUUGUAUUGACAGCAUUCCAGUUGCUGUGGGUGAACCUGAUCAUAACGAAUACAUUGGGAGCUUUGGCUUUGGCCACAGAACAACCAUCUAAUCAUCUUAUGGAAAAGCAACCCGUGGCUCGAAAAUCGCCACUCAUAACCAGAUUCAUGUGGAGAAACCUCAUUGCUCAGGCCUUGUAUCAAGUCACCAUCUUGCUUACUCUACAGUUUAAGGGAAGAUCCAUCUUUGGUGUGGAUGAAAAGGUCAACAGCACCCUUAUCUUCAAUACUUUUGUUCUUUUCCAAGUCUUCAAUCAGUUUAAUGCAAGGGAAAUGGAGAAGAAGAACAUAUUUAAGGGGUUACUCAAGAACAAGAUGUUCUUAGGGACAAUUGGUAUUUCCAUAAUUCUUCAACUGGUGAUGGUGGAAUGUCUGAAGAGGUUUGCUACUACUGAGAGGCUUGAUUGUGUGCAAUGGAGUGCUUGCCUUGGCAUUGCUGCUUUGUCAUGGCUGAUUGGUUGGAUUGUUAAGUACAUUCCAGUUCCUGCAUAA